UCUCGGUGGCUCUCUCGCAGUCUCGUCUGGCAGGAAGUAGAGAGAGGCGCCGAGAGAGCAGAGGGCUCCGCGCGAAUCCGAAGCGUGUGGAGUGCGUGAGAAAGAGGAGGAUUGGAGGGAAGCGCAGAGCAGAGCAGCAGCAGCGGGCGGGGAGCGGGUCCGAGACGCUCCUCUUGCUUGCCUGCCCGCCGAAGAAAGCGAAAGAUUGCGAGGCGAGGGGAAUGGCAGCAGCAGCAGCAGCGUCGUCGUCGUCGUCGUCGUCUUCUUCGUCUUCGUCGUCGUCGAGACGAGCAGAGGGAGGAGGAGGAGGAGGAGGAGGGGCGCUGGCAGGAGGCAGGCCCGAGAAGUAAUAAGAAAGAGGGCCAGAGGGAAGGCUGCGUUGCCUUGGCUGGCUCUGUGUCUGCCCGCCCGCCCGUCCGCCCGGCAGCCAGCCCGCCCGCCUGCCUGUUUGUUUGUACGUCCGUCCUUCCUUGGCUCCUGUUGGAGUGAGAUUGAAUGCGACGGAUGAUGACAUUUUGUGUCUGAGAUCGGAUGGAUGAGCGAGCCGGGAGGGAAAGAUCGAUAUCUCGGUCAAAGGAGAAAAGGGAAUGAAUGAUGCGAGAUAGUUGGAAAAGAGGAAGCGGAAGUGGGCGAGCAGAAGGAAGGCGUGCUACUGCUGCUGCUGCUGCACGGGCAGAGUAGAAGGGAAAGGAAGGAGAGAGAGGGAGAGAGAGAGAGAGAGAGAGAGAGAGAUCUGUAAGCGAGCGCAGGGGGGAGGGGAGAAAAGGGAGGGAGGGAACGAAUGAGUGGGUGGGAUGUGAAGUAGCUGUAGUGCGUGCGACGAGGAAACGACGCUGUUGAUGUUCGUGCUGGUGAUUCCGUUGCGCUCUUCCCCGGGGGAGGUGUUUGAUGCUAGGGUGGCUUGCAGGCGAGCAGAGCAAUUUUCUUUGAGCGAGGGAUGGUUUGCCGGUGCAGAUGGUCGUAACGAGGACUGAGCGGACAGAGAGACGUAGAGCGAGGUAGAUAUGUCGGAGAGGUUCCUGGAGGCAGGGACCGGGUUGUGACAAGCGGUCGGGUUCUUUGGCUUCGACUGUCUGCCGUCUUCUGGUCUCCAGCCAAGCUAUUGUGAUAGUUCUGUCACUUGAAAUCCCCUGGAAAUUCCUCCCGGCUCCUCGCCUGUGUCUGUUUCAUCGCUUCCUGUCGUGCUGUGAUGUGUAGUUCAGAGCAAUACAGAGCGGUUGGAAUGAUUUAGAUCUCCGCGUUGGCGUUUCAACCCAUUUUCUCCAGGUGCUUAUGCCAGGGGCUUUGAAGAAAAGGAUCGCGCACGAUGAAUGGUGUGGACCAUUGCACUGGUGGUUCAUGUGAUCAAUUCGAAAUUUUCCUCAGAUUGGACGUCAGGGACCUUACUUUGGUCAGAGGAGAAUCGUAAUCGAUUUCAUCUGCGGUCGUUAUUCACGUUUCGACGUGUUUUGGCUCCCAGCUCGUCGUCAAGCAGUCAUAAUCCAAUAUUGGGUCUUCCGCCUGGUGACGUCCACUGUAUUGGGGGUACGAGUUUACAUGGGCAUUCCCGUACGGUCCCAAUGAUUAUAUUCACAUUCGCUGACAUACAGGCUUCCUCUCUCCAGUUAGUGGCUGCAAUAUGAAUAAGGAUUAGUUGGCAACUUAAAUUCUCGGUUAGGCAAGCAGACAUGGGGAAUUCUUUUGGUUGCUCCGCAACCGGCGAGCGCCUUGUAUCUGCGGCGCGAGACGGUGAUUUCCAGGAAGCGCAGGCUCUAUUGGAGUGUAAUCCUCGACUUGCAAAGUAUUCUACUUUCGGUGUUCGGAACUCCCCACUGCACUUCUCUGCAAUGCAAGGUCACACCGAGAUAGUAACUUUGCUUCUGGAGUGUGGGGUGGAGGUUAACACCCGAAAUUACUGCGGCCAGACUGCGCUUAUGCAGGCUUGCCGGUACGGUCAUUGGGAGGUUGCUCAGACUCUGCUUCUGUACAAAGCAAAUGUCACUAGAGCAGAUUAUCUAAAUGGGAGGACAGCACUUCAUUUUGCGGCCCGCAACGGCCACGCACGCUGCAUACGACUUGUUGUCGCCGACUAUGUGCCUAGUGUGCCCUAUUUAUGGAAUACUCUGCAAGUCGACAAGCCGGAAGAUACUCCCACCAUGAAGAACUACAUGGACCGAACUGCGCUUUCCAGGCUCGUGAACAAGCCUGCUGAUGGUGGUAUAUGUGCUCUUCACAUGGCUGCUCUGAACGGGCACACGGAGUGUGUUCAGCUACUUCUGGACUUGAUGGCGAACGUCUCGGCAAUUACCGUUCAAGACGGCACCACCAUCGAUAUGAUAGGUGCAGGCAGUACCCCAUUGCAUUACGCAGCUUGUGGUGGUAGCAUUCCUUGUUGUCAGGCUUUGAUUUCUAGGGGAGCUUUACGCAAUGUGGCUAAUUGCAAUGGAUGGACGCCACUACAAGUAGCUCGACUAUGGCGCAGACAUUGGCUGGAACCUCUAUUAGCACCAGAUUCUCAACUACCAAUCCCAUCGUUUCCUCCAUCGCGUUAUUUGGCACUCCCUCUUAUGAGCAUCAUGCGAAUUGCAAGAGAUUGCGGAUGGAGGGAUACGGAUCAUGCUCCUGGAGGAACAGAUCCUUGCGCUGUAUGUUUGGAACGCAAAUGCACAGUAGCUGCAGAAGGGUGCGGUCACGAGCUAUGCACUAGAUGUGCCCUGUAUCUCAGUACCACGAUGAAUGUGUCUUCAACUGUGACCAAUCCUCCUGGUUCUGUCCCAUGUCCCCUCUGCCGCCGUGGUAUUGUUGCGUUUGACAGACUUCCUACGACCAUCUCGUACAAAGAGAUGGCCAAGGCAAACAUGACUCUCGCUUUGUGUACAACGUGCACGGCCGAAGUAUGUGAGCCCACAGUCAUGGGUUCUCUCUUGAGCAAAGUGGACUUUCGAGGCUGCCGUGUGUCGCCACUUUCCUCGAGUUCAGCUCGCAUUACCUGCCCCAGUUUUUCUGCUUUAAAUUUGUCCCUGAAUUGCAGUACGACGCAGAGUGUUGGGGACUCUCCUGAUUAUGAGAGUCCCGAGCAAUAUGUCUCAGCGAGAACGUCCACAAGAACGGAGAGCACCGAGUGGACAGCUGCUGGUGAUGGUGAUUCUACUAUUGAAGAGACGCUUUCGUCUUCAGGCUUGGUAACGGCGACCCAUCUUCCGUCAGCCGCUGCUGUCGUUCAUAUUGCCCCCUCUGGUCAAGACGAGCCCACUAAACACUCCAAGCAAUUUGCUUGCUGUCGAGUACGAACGAAAUGUGGAUUUCCGAAGGUGUUUUACUGGAGGCACUACGGUGGUGUGAAUAUGACAACUGCCCAACCGUAUUAGGCUGCCUGCGAAUGAUUUGUACAGUUAUCUCUUCUUUUAAAUUAUCGGGAGAAAGUCCUGCAGCUCUAGAGUCCCCGUUUGGUCUGGCUUUGUCCACGUCCAAAGUUCCAUGAGAGAAAGCCUUCCACGGGGAUGUCGAGCACACUGCCUGCCGAAAGUGUAGCUCUUCACUUCUCGACUGACCUAGCUCUAGGAUCUUUAUUAGGAAGACAGAGGAGACAUUGGAUGAAAAAAAGAGUGAAUCGACUGCCCGCUUCCGCGAAAAGAAAAUGUUUCAUAAGGUGGAUAUGAUAGAUGAUAUCAGAUAGUUUUGUACCUUUCUCGAAAAGAAGAAUCCCUAUAAUGGACAUCAUUGGAUAGGGUGCGGUGCUAGUGUUCCAUCUGUGGGGCGAAACAUGUAUGUGGUGGAAGGUCAAGUAUGCACCGAACGUGCGUCUAACCUGGAACAGCCUAGAAGUCGACCUUGCUUCAGCAAUGUAGAGGCUACUUUUACUGCGAAAACAGCUACUAAUUUGAGUCAGCAAACCCCAGUGCGAGAAAUUAAAAUUGGACUUGGAUUACCUGGUCGUGAUGACCUGCACUCUCCUCCUUUCUCUGAGCAAGCAGGCAUGCCAUGACUUGUCUGGGGAUGUACCCAAGAGGUAGUGUGCCGAUGUACAUCAGAUUCCAGCUAUAUGUUUUUGGCUAUUAAAUUUACGAGCACCCAAAGUACACAGAUAAUUUCUGAUGUCGUAUGUCAGUCAAUGAUUAUUCUGGGAGAUUUUGAAG